CAUCAAUUGACACAGAUACAAAUCAUAUAUGCCAUCCAAAAGAAAUACCACCAAAAAAGAAAGCCAUAGUAAACAGAGAUCAUGAUUUUGCCACAAUUAUCGCCACUGGACAUGGCGGUGGUUACGGCGCUGGCUUUACCAUUGAUUGUGCUACAUGCAGGCGUCGUCAACGCCAUACUCGCAGCAAUCCAGCUUUGCUUUCAUGGAGCCCGAGUACCCUUGGAGUAUAUUUACGCGCGAUUCUUGACGCGCAGACGCGAUCAACAUCCAGCAAUCCGCGACACCACGAUAUUCGAGGGGUUCAUGAUUCGAGGUAUCAGGGUAUUCUUCCCACUCAUACCACGCGAAGUCUUCAAGACUACACUUUCCACUGAGCUAUGGACUAUUGUGCUGCGAUGGCGCUUGCUAUCACGCGGCUUCUUCAAGCUCCCAGUCCACGCGGAGCGCGUUGACAUUCGUAACUUGGGUGUAUCGUGCAAGGCGACCUGGAUUAAACAAAACCCGACAGAAACACCAGAUGUAGUUGUCUACUACGUGCACGGUGGAGGAUUCGGGGUUGGAUCGGUAGCGUUUUAUCUGGAAUAUCUACUGGCAUGGCAUGACCUGCUUGUAAAGGCUGGAUUUAAGAACCCGGCCAUUCUGGCCCUGGACUACACACUGGCACCGGAAAAAGUCUACCCAACACAGAUACUGGAAGUUCUACAAGGCUACAGAGUUGCGCUUGAGACGGCUGGCGAUGCGUCCAAGAUAUGCUUGGCAGGUGACUCUGCCGGAGGCGCCCUGUUGCUGAGCUUGCUGCUCGAGAUCGGCGCACAGGCAGGCAUGGACAAGCUUCGCCGGCGUAACAACAAGGCAUCGGAAGCGGGCACGGAUCCGCGGGGUCGCCUUGCAGCGCCAGGCAUGGCGAUAUUGAUAUCACCGUGGGUUACACUGCAGUCGAAGCUGCACGGGAAGUCACCGGUGGACUACCUUGAGCGUGAACGACUCUGGGCAUAUGGACGGCAGUAUGCAGGCCAAGAGGCGAUGUUGUCGCUGUCACCCGCGUCGCCGGGUUCGUGCCGCGACGAGGCCAUGUGGAAAGCCGCAAGUCCUACCAAAGGGUACUACGUGAUGCUGGGCAAAGGCGAGAUGCUAUCGGGCGAUAUUGACGACUUUGUCGCGCGGCAAAAGGGGUAUGGAGUCCGAGUGAAUACACUAGAGGACGCGAGCGGCAUUCACGCUUGGCCGAUGGUGCGGUUCAUUCUGUCGUCGCCUGAGCGCCGGUUGGAAGGGGUGGAUGCUAUUGUCAAGGAGAUUAGCGCCAACUUUGCACACAAGUGAUGUUCUGUGGUAGGCAGUGAUGGGGGAUAAGUAUGUAUCAGAUUAGAUCAAGUAGGCAUUCAACACCAGGUUCAGCGGUUGGGGUCUGGAACCUGAGCGAUCGGCACCAGUGCGCCGGCUCGGCUUCGUCGCCCACCUGGCCUGGCUCAUGAUUGUGUUUAUAAAGCUCAAACAAUUUGUAUCAUCAUUCAGGGGAGCGGCGGCGGCGGCGGUGGCACCGGCAGCGGCCUGAUGUGUGCAGGUGACGUGACUAUGAAAAUGAGCGUACCAUUGGAUUGGACUGGAUGCCUAGGCUGAGGCUGACAAUGCGAUCAUUGACUGCACGCGCGAAGCGGCAGGUGUGUGUCCUGUAUGCGGCAGUGAUUCACAGAUUGAGACCGCCUAUCCGUACAAGAGGCACGUUUUUAGCAGGCCGUGCGUGCUCCGGGAUAAAAUUUUAGCUUGUCUUUGCUGCCCUUG